CAUUCUAGAAAACAGAUGUAAAUCUGUGGUUUGUGGGGCUAAGUCCUCUAAACCUGGAAGCUACCAGAGGCCUUACGGACAGUGUUGGAUGGAAGGUGCAACUUAAAGCUAGAAGAAAGCUGGGGACUCCCGCAAAGGGGCGAGAAGCAUCGAGGAAUGCGCCAGCCGUCUGGAAGAGUUUGUCCUCGACGGACUUUCCCAGUCACCAGGCCUUUUCACAGCAAGCUCCUAGCUCGUGCGUGGGAGGCAGAAAGACACCAUGUGACCACACACCCCUUCCUGCUGCCCAGGGCCCGCGUUGCGUAGCCCCCCGCAAGGCUGGAAGUGCUUGCUGGGGUGGAUCAGAGCCUGCGGGGAUUUCACGUGCCCGGUGCGGGUGGGGCCAUCGGAGAGAGUCAGAAGGGCCAGAUUUUGAGGGCCACCUUGGCCAUGAUCCUUGAGCCCAGCAGCAGGGAAUUGGUAGCAGCCUGAGGAGUGGCCAGCUGGGAGCCUCAGGGACCGCCCGGCCUCGCUCCUGGCUCACCCACAAGAUGUGGACAGCCCUGGUGCUCGUUUGGAUUUCCUUGUCCUUAUCUGAAAGCCAAGUCCAGUCCCAGGAUUCACGGCACUUAGUCUCCAACCAGAGGGCUAACUCAGCCCAGAAUGCAUCGGUGACGACAGCUGCAAGAGGCCUCAAUGGGACGUCUGGGACCAUGACCGUGCCUCCUGUCACACUGACCACAGGGACCCUGGUGGCCGACCCCAGCACUCCUGCAGCCACAGCAGGGAGCACCUUCAGGACAGACACGGGUGUGGAAGGUGCCUCUGACCCAGCAGCCUCGGGGGGACCCUCACCAGCGGCCCCGGCGUCCACAUGGCGGACUUCAGCCCCUACCACUGCUCCUGGCACCCCCACGGCAGCGCCCACAGCGGCGGCCCCCGAUGUUCGGACCACAGCUGGGGCCACAGCGAGUGCCAGCAGCCCGACAGGCACACACGGCCCUUCCACUGCCCGGCCCACGCGCCCCCCGAGUCACUCCGCAAGUCCCCCAGCACUUAACGUGUCCACACAAGGCCCCACCGUCCAGACGUCGACGGCCCGGCCUACGACUGGCACAGCAAGCAGGCCCACAUCUCCCCUCGCCAGCACAGCCCCAGAGCCCACCCUCGGAUCCACAGCUCCCACGUCCACGACGUCAGUGACCACCGCCAAGAUGCAGGCCCCGGAGCCGGCUGCCAGCACUGUACCGACACCUGACCCCGGCCCGCCCCCCAGGGUGGAGUCCACGUCCCCCACGACGCAGCCAGGCCCCGCUCCGUCCCCCCAGGGAGCUGCGGGGCCAAGCGGCACGCCCCCAACUCCAGAGCAGGUGCGACCCGAAACCCCGCCUGGUGCCGCUUCCACCACCCCGACCCCCGGGAGUUCGGGGGGCCCCCCCAAGGUGCCAGCCUCAGCCCUGUGCCCGCUCGGCACGCAGGGCCCGUACCUGGUGGUCACCACUGAGCCCCUGGCCCGGGCUCUGGUGAACACAAGCUUCCUCCUGGCGGUGCUCUUGCUCGGGGUGACGCUCUUCAUCGUGGCGCUGGCCCUUCUGCUUCUGCAAGCCUACGAAGGCUACCGCAAGAAGGAGUACACGCAGGUGGACUACCUGAUCAACGGCAUGUACGCGGACUCCGAGAUGUGAGGGGCCCACCCCGCCUUCCAUUUCGCCUCUGAGGCCAAACCAAGUGCUUCCAGAUUCUUUGGGUGCAGGUAGGACGUACGCCGGACGCCCAAACGCACCGACUUGCAGUCGGCCGGACUCCGCGAGCACACCAGAGUUGCUUUGUUCAUAUUUAUUUUUGUAAACAAUCAUGUUAACGGAGCAGGCAGCGGCCCCGUGUGGGCAGGCCCGGCCCAGCCCCAGUGGCCAUCCUGCCCGGAAUUAAAGCAACAACCGCUUUGCAUUCAGA